AUGGGGUAUCAUUCAGUGAGAUCAGAAGACGUGUUGUGCGUGAUGGCCAUAAUCAUGUUCAUAUUCUUAGGGUUUAGUGGAGAAAGUGAGGGGUGCUUGAAAGAAGAGAGAGAAGCUCUUCUGAAAUUGAAAGAAGCUUUCAAUUAUCCAAGUGGCUCUUCUCUUCCUUCUUGGAAUAACCAUACCUUCUCUGCAGAUUGCUGCACUUGGGAGGCUGUAGAGUGUGACAACUCCACUCGUAGAGUCAUAAGCCUUUCUCUGAACGAUACAAGAGCUUAUGAGUUGAGACGCAUCAAAUGGUCACUCAAUGCUUCUUCUUUUCUCCCCUUCAUCCAGCUUCAAGUGUUGCGUUUGGAUGGGAAUUACUUGUCAGGGCUGCUUGGCGAUAUCAGGCUGGCGAACUUGGAAACGUUGGACUUACAAGAUAAUAUGCUCAGAGAAUUCCCAUAUUUCGACCUUUCUCAUUCACGUAAUCUGGAGGGGCUGUGGCUUGGUGCUAAUUACUUGGAGGGCAGUAUUCCAGAAUCUAUUACGUCUCUUACUUCCCUCACCACAUUGACAUUAGACCAUAACAACCUGACUGGAUCAUUGCCACAACAAGGAGGCCUUUGCAAUAUGAAGAAUCUUGCAUUACUGGAUCUUGUCCAGAAUGAAUUUGAGGGGCAACUUCCCGCAUGCCUUAGCAAUUUGACUUCUCUACGUACGCUUAUUCUUGAGGGAAAUCGUUUUGAAGGAACAUUUCCUUCCUCCCUCUUCCAUUCUUUCAGGUCUCUAGUAGCUCUUACUCUUUCUGAUGGCAAUUUCACCGGCUCAUUUUCACUCUCUUCGCUUUCCAACAACUCCAACCUCAAAAUCUUUUCCAUUUCAUGCUCUAACGCCAAUCUCAACCUUGAAACUGAGAAUCCCCCAUUUAUCCCUUCCUUCCAGUUGAGAAGUUUCAUAAUCGACAACUGUACUCUUAAUGAGGCGAACACUAACAAAAUGCCUACCUUUCUACUUCAUCAAUAUGACUUGCUACACCUAGAACUUACCAGCACGAACAUUUCAGGGACCUUCCCAUCCUGGCUUUUGACAAAUAACACAAGUUUAAAUGUUUUUAGUCUGACCCACAACUUGUUCACUGGUCCCUUUGAACUCAAUUCCACCUCCAAAUUGCUUCAAAUGGAGUCUUUUGAUAUUUCAUCAAACCCCAUCAGAGAUGAAAUCCCUUCUCAUAUCGGCUUCAUUUUUCCCAACUUGAUUUCUCUUAACAUGUCUUCAAUUUCAUUGCAAGGUCCCUUUCCAGCUUCAAUAGGUGAAAUGAGGCAAUUGAAUGAUCUUGACUUGUCAAAUAAUAAUUUAUAUGGUUAUUUGCCCCAAGAAUUCGGUCACGGUAUCAAUGAAUUGAGGUUUUUAAAGCUGUCAAACAACAACCUCAGUGGCCCAUGCUUGCCCAUAAGAUCAAAUUUCACAUAUUUGUUAUUUUUGGAUCUCAGCAACAAUAACUACAAAGGAAAGCUUGAAGGGGGGGUCAUGAAUAGUACUGAGUUAAGAAUGUUGGAUAUAAGUGCCAACCAAUUAUAUGGUGAAAUGCCUAGCUGGAUCGGAAAAUUUCAACAUUUGAGCUACCUCAAAUUGUCAGAGAAUAAUUUAAUAGGUCCACUACCAAAAAACUUUUGCAACUUGACUGAACUUACAUAUCUAGACCUUGCUUACAAUAAAUUCAAUGGCUCUCUGCCAAGUUGUUUGAAUAUGCCGUUGUUGAAGUACUUGCAUUUGCAGAGCAACCAUUUCAUGGGACCUCUACCUUCCACUUUAGCUAAUUCCCCUUUAUUGUUGAUUUUGGAUUUGAUGAAUAACAAUUUUUCAGGUCCACUUUCAAGAGUGAAUGGCUCAUUUUUGAGUUUAAGGGUCCUCAUGUUAAAAGGAAACAAACUUGAAGGCUCUAUUCCUACUCAUUUAUGUGAGCUCAAGAAUAUCAGAUUAUUAGAUCUUUCUCAAAAUAAGCUUUCUGGAGGCAUACCAUAUUGCUUGAAUAACAUCACAUUUGGGAAGAUAGAUGCAGCAAGGGAAACUGAAAUAGGAAUUUUUACUGUGUCGUGGACUACAACCAUUUUAGAUGAUCGUUUUAACCCUCUGACCGGUGAAAUUGACAUACCAGAACAAAAAGAAAAUGUUACAUUGCAUAAAGACCAAGAAGUAGAUUUUACAACAAAAAGCAGGUAUGAAUCUUACAAAAGAAGCAAUUUAAAUUUAAUGUCUGGGUUGGAUCUCUCAAGUAAUCAAUUGGUAGGUGAAAUUCCUUCACAAAUUGGAUACUUAGAUGCCAUCCAUGCAUUAAAUUUGUCAAACAAUCAAUUGAAAGGGCUUAUUCCAGAAACGUUUUCCAACCUCAAGCAGAUAGAAAGCCUUGAUCUUUCCCACAACAAAUUGACAGGCCACAUUCCUGCACAACUAACUCAGCUGUACUCAUUGUCUUCCUUCUCAGUGGCUCAAAAUAAUCUAUCUGGAACAACACCUGAUAUGAAAAAUCAAUUUGCAACUUUUGAUUCAGCCAGUUAUGAAGGGAAUCCUUUUUUAUGUGGCCCCCCCUUGCGGCAAAAUUGCUCGAUAGCAGGGAGAAAUAGGCAACCUCAUCAUUUGAAAGCAUAUGAUUUUCAAGAUGCUUUCUUAUGGAGUUUUGCGGGAGCAUUUGGAGUCUUUUUUAUAGGUGUCAUUACAGUUCUUUAUUUGAACCCUUACAUUUGCAAUUACAAACUACUCAUAUUAGAGAGAGUUAUAACAAAUUAUUUGUAUGAGUGGUGGCGAAAAGGAAAAAGGUCUUAAUUAUAGUUCAUAAGAUUAUGAUCAUGUAACAGAUGGUCUGAUAAUCAUCUCUAGAAUUACAAUAACCGAAAGACGGCUGGUUUCAAGUCUUCUCUUGAUUAGAAAGGAAACUAAAUUGAAAUAUUCGAAUCAUUACUUCUUA